UCCCGCUUGUCCUUUACCCCGGAAGUGUUCUUCGGCGCUGGUAGCCGGCGUGACUUUUUGCGCUUGGUCCUGGUGCCGUGGGAACGCGGAGCAGCAGCAGUUCACGCCGUCGCUCUGGCCAUGGGAGUGCUGGGGGCCGCCGCGGCCGUGGCUGUGGGCCAGCGGCCACUCUUUCGGGUCCCUGCAGCAGCGCUGGGCUGGCGGCGGAGGCAGGUUCAUUGGAAGUUCUGCCGGUGGUGUUCCUCAGGGAUAAUUCCUAAUGAAAAAAUACGAAAUAUUGGAAUCUCAGCGCACAUUGAUUCUGGAAAAACGACAUUAACAGAGCGGGUGCUUUACUACACCGGCAGAAUCGCACAGAUGCAUGAGGUGAGAGGUAAGGAUGGAGUGGGCGCUGUCAUGGAUUCCAUGGAGCUGGAGAGACAGAGAGGGAUCACUAUUCAGUCAGCGGCUACCUAUACCAUGUGGAAAGACGUUAAUAUCAACAUUAUAGAUACUCCUGGCCACGUGGACUUCACAAUAGAAGUUGAGAGGGCCCUGAGAGUGUUGGACGGCGCCGUCCUUGUUCUCUGUGCUGUUGGUGGGGUGCAGUGCCAGACCAUGACCGUCAAUCGACAGAUGAAGCGCUACAAUGUUCCAUUUGUAACUUUCGUUAACAAAUUGGACCGAGUGGGCUCCAACCCAGCAAGGGCCCUCCAGCAAAUGAGGUCAAAACUAAAUCAUAAUGCAGCAUUUAUGCAAAUACCUAUUGGCUUGGAGGGUAAUUUUAAAGGUAUUAUAGAUCUUAUUGAGGAACGAGCCAUAUUUUUUGAUGGAGACUUUGGUCAGAUUAUUCGGUAUGGUGAAAUUCCGGCCGAAUUGAGGGCAGUGGCAGCUGACCACCGGCAGGAGCUGAUUGAGUGUGUUGCCAAUUCCGAUGAGCAGCUUGGUGAACUGUUCCUAGAAGAAAAAAUCCCUUCCAUUUCUGACUUAAAGCUUGCAAUUCGAAGAGCUACUUUAAGUAGAUCAUUUACUCCUGUUUUUUUGGGAAGUGCCUUGAGGAACAAAGGAGUCCAGCCUCUUUUGGAUGCUGUUUUAGAAUACCUCCCGAAUCCAGCUGAGGUCCAGAACUAUGCUCUUCUCAAUCAGGACAAUGACUCAAAAGAAAAAACCAAAAUCCUAAUGAACUCCAAAAGAGACAGUUCUCACCCAUUUGUAGGCCUGGCCUUUAAACUGGAGGCAGGUCGAUUUGGACAGUUAACUUACGUCCGCAAUUACCAGGGAGAGCUGAAGAAGGGUGACACCAUCUACAACACGAGGACGGGGAAGAAAGUGCGGGUGCAGCGGCUGGUGCGCAUGCACGCCGACAUGAUGGAGGAUGUUGAGGAAGUAUAUGCUGGAGACAUCUGUGCAUUGUUUGGCAUUGACUGUGCUAGCGGAGACACAUUCACAAGCAAAGAUAACAGCGGCCUUUCUAUGGAGUCGAUUCAUGUUCCUGAUCCUGUCAUUUCGGUAGCAAUAAGGCCCUCUAACAAGAAUGAUCUGGACAAAUUCUCAAAAGGUAUUGGCAGGUUUACAAGAGAGGAUCCCACAUUUAAAGUCCACUUUGACACGGAGAGCAAAGAGACGAUUGUAUCUGGAAUGGGAGAGCUACACCUAGAAAUCUAUGCCCAGAGAAUGGAAAGAGAAUAUGGCUGUCCUUGUAUCACAGGAAAGCCAAAAGUCGCCUUUAGAGAGACUAUUACUGCUCCCGUCCCGUUUGAGUUUACGCAUAAGAAACAGUCAGGUGGUGCGGGCCAGUUUGGGAAAGUGAUAGGUGUCCUGGAGCCUCUGGACCCAGAGGACUACACCAAGUUGGAGUUCAUAGAUGACACGUUCGGCACAAAUGUUCCAAAACAGUUUAUACCUGCUGUAGAAAAGGGGUUUUUGGAUGCCUGCGAGAAGGGCCCACUCUCUGGUCACAAGCUCUCUGGGCUCCGGUUUGUUCUACAAGAUGGCGCGCACCACAUGGUUGACUCCAAUGAGAUCUCAUUCAUCCGAGCUGGAGAAGGCGCCCUUAAACAAGCUGUGGCCAGUACAACAUUGUGUAUCCUGGAACCUAUUAUGGCUGUGGAAAUCACAGCUCCAAAUGAAUUUCAGGGAUCAGUAAUCGCGGGAAUUAACCGGCGCCACGGGGUAAUCACAGGGCAAGAUGGAGUUGAGGACUAUUUUACACUAUUUGCAGAUGUCCCUUUGAAUAAUAUGUUUGGUUAUUCCACUGAACUUCGGUCGUGUACAGAGGGAAAGGGAGAGUACACAAUGGAGUACUGCAGGUAUCAGCCGUGUUUACCAUCUACACAAGAAGACCUUACUAAUAAGUAUUUGGAAGCUACAGGUCAACUUCCGGUGAAAAAGGGAAAGGCCAAGAACUGAACUUCCUCAUUUUAUUAAUUUUAAUUGAAUCUGCAAGGUUUGGAAAUGAUAGAUUUCAGUGGAAAAAAUUUAAGUUGCUAAAACAAAUUGUAGGGCCUUUCCUAUUUCACAUUUGCGGGCUUCUAUUGUAUUCAAAGAUAAUUCUACGCAUAUCUCAGCUUCGUUGAUUUGGUUUUAUAGUUUAUUAAAAAAACCUCAAAAAAGAUGAUUAUUACAGUAAUGAAAUGUAUUUAAUAUUUAUUUAAGGGAAGAGACUUACUUCAGCUAUACUUCUAAGUUUGGAAUAUUUGUAAACUUCUUUCCAAAUUUUUUUAUCAUGAACAUUUUGAACGUACAGAAAUGCUGGGAAAACAGUGCACAGAAUAGCCAUGUACCUUCUAGCUAGAUUGAGCCGUGACUGUGGUAACAAUUUGUAUAAGAAGUAAUCGUCUGUCUCACACACUGACUUGAAAGUAAGUUUUGUGUGUAUCAUGACACCUCUUACAGUGUCAUUAGUGAGGCAGGCAGUUUUUGUGUGAGUGGAUUCCACAUGUUCUUUUUAAAUUGUAUUUUAAAGAGAAAAAAAUAAAAUUUCAAAACAAGAUAAUAAAGUA